AUGGAGUUGAUGCGAAGUGCCCCGCACAUCCGACCCCUUAUACUGUACAUCGCCUUCUGUAACUACAUCCAGAAUCUAAGGUCUGCCCGAGGCAUAGAGUCAAUUGUUAUCGACGACGCCGAUUUUACCGCAUUCAUCCACAGUUUUACCCACCUCGAAGCGAUAUUCUGCACUGGAUCCACCUUUGUGAAUAUCCCCCUCGUACUCCCAGGCUCCUCCGUCACGACGCUCGACUUAGUGGCGCGCGAUAUCCAAGCACAGGAGCUGUCGUCCACUUUCGAGGCAGCCGCUCCCAUGAUUCGUUGCUUGACGUUGGACACCGUGAGAGUUCGUAACCCACCGAAUGCGGUGGAAAUGUCGCGUCUACCAACAAUUACUAUGGUGGCACUGAAGGAGCUCGCCUUGAUGGGAUAUGAAGAAAGACUUCCGUUUUAUUCCAACAUCCGGAUGCCGAACUUGGAAAUACUAUACUGCGCAAUUUGGCUCAACAUAUUUCGAGAAUAUCUCCCAGAUUCAUUGAAAACGCUGGCGAUCGGUUGGGACUUGGACGGAGGAGACCAGGUUUGCAGGCCGUUCGACACUGAGAACUUCUACUUGCGCUGGCAUGUUAGUUGGGAAACAUUGGACCAGGUAUUGUACCUAAUACCUAAACUCACGAUCCCCCGCAACAUCCAACAUAUCGAAAUCGUCUCCGAGACCACCAGCGACAAGCCCCCGUUCGACAUGGACGAUCUAGAGAGCGUCGACAAAUUCGAGUCAUUCAUCCUCGAUCUUCACCAAAACGGCUCCUUGCAGAAGGUUACUUUUACAUUCGAGCCCAGCUACAUGGACAUACGAUGCGGAGAUGGGUUAGCAGACAGGUUUACUAAGUUGAAUCCCCUGGGGCUAGUGGACGUUCGGGUGGAUCUGCCAUCUGUCCUGUAUAACCUACGCUGA